GUAUGUUUUGGACCAUUUGGGAUUAUUUAAAAUUUUAAAAAAAAGAUCGCGUGUGUGUGUGUUGUAAUGAUAACUCUGUUUCUUCUUUAAAUGAUGUGGGAUGUUACAUACAGCAUUUACAUCUCCAUAUUAUGGGUUACAAUGAAAAAAAACUUGUUUUAUUUUCAUCCAAUAAUACACGUGUAUUACUAUAUUGAUUCAAUUAUUUCAUAAAAAAAAUGUAGUCUGAUAAACUCCUUUCAAUAACCUCAUAAUUCUCUCACCUAGGUAGUAGAUGUGUUUCUACUUAUGUAAAGUAAAGUGAAGACUGAAUAUGUAAAAGAGGAGAGACAAAAAGGCGUACUGCCGCUUUAAAUGACAACACCUCCCAGUAGUCGCUGGUCCUGGGUGAGUUUCGCUGCAACACUGUGGUUCAUACUACAAACAGACAGAGAGUACAGCAGAGCAAACCACACAACAGCCUCCUAAGCGCACAGGAAGGAGCGCCCGCCAGCGCCGUCUGAAACCCUGUUUUUUUUUUUUUUUUUACCGAUGUGACUACAGGAGCGCGUGAGAAAGCUGCUGCCAGGAGCCGAACUGCAGGUCAGUCCGUCUGCUCUCCUGAGACUUUACUGUGAACCGACCUGUAGAAGAUGAACCGGACUGCUGGUAGGGCAUACCGCUGAGACAGACUUAACAUGACGGCAGAAGUGUAGCAGGUGAUGUGAAACAGUACUGAGGCGGUGUAAGAAGUAGACGUAGCAGUAGUUAUAUCCGGUCGGCGCAGUUGGCGUUCGUUUGGAGGACGUACCCAGCCGGACAUGGAUUAUUGGUGCCCGUCUUCACUGCUUUGGAUUUAGUUGAGACACGGCACAACGCUGCGCCUUAAACCCUCCGUCUCUCCUCCCCUGGUUGAAGAAAGAACAGGUGGAUCCUGUUUCUGUGUUCGUCUUAAUCCACCUCCCAGCAUCCACCUGUCACCUUUAUGGGGAACCAGGUGGAGAAACUAACGCAUUUGAAUUACGCAGAGGUGCCAACGUCUGACCCAAAUGGGUUCGACCCGGAAGACGACGACGGACCGCGGAUCGGCGUCUCGUACAUUUUCUCCAACGACGACGACGAGCAGGAGGACAAUUUGGACCGCCACGCGGUGAACCACGAGGAGAAGCCCUUCGACCCCCGGGACGAGCUGGCGUGCGCGAUUUACUACCGAGAGGAGUGCGUCUACGAGACGAACGCCGGAGCCGCGACUCACUCUGCGGAAAGUCUCCUGAACAAGUGCAGACCGGGAGACCUGCUGGAGUUCGUGGCCACUGGACAGUAUCCCCACUGGGCCGUGUACGUGGGGGACUUCCAGGUGGUCCACAUGCACAGGGCCGAGAUAAAGAACAACUUUCUCACCGAUGUGAGCCAGGGCAAAAAAGGCAGGAUAGUGAACGGCCUCUACAGGUACCGCGCGCUCCCGCCGGAGGUGAUCGUGCGCAACGCCCUGGACCACGUUGGGUCGAGGGACCGAGAGCUGUACUGGAGAAACUCUGAGUGCUUUGCCGCUUGGUGCCGCUUUGGCAAACGGGAGUUUAAAAUCGGAGGGGAGAUACGGAUAGGGAAGCAGCCGUACAGGUUGAAAUUGCUCUUUUCGGAGAAGAAGACUCACGUCCUGGAGUUUCAAAGCCUGGAGGACGUGAUCAUGGAGAAGAGGAGGAACGAUCAGAUCGGCAAAGAUGCUGUGACGCAAGAGCUGGCCAACCACUUGAACGCAACACAUGAAAACAAAGAGGAGCGUUUUGUCAACUGACAGCUGAUGCUCUGGUCACCUGGUGCUGGUUGGAGCUUUCGCUUAUAGGAGGUGUUCAAUGGGGGAAAAUGCACACUUUUCAUGCUGAAAAACAAAACCUGUGUUGUUUGAGGGAGCAAAUACGUUUUGUUUUUUUCGUGGGCUUUGGUGCACCGUGCCACGCUGCAAACAAAUCACAAUCAUAACAGGGAGUUACAAUUUUAACAUUUGCUUCCUCCAAAAUGAGAGGAAAGGCCCUGGCGUCUGGGGUGACACUUGUUUCAAUCUCAAGAGCACUAGCAAAGCACAUCACGAGGGUUCAAGACAAAAUCCCCACAAGUUGAUUUGCUGCGGAAUGAAGUGGAAAUUGGAAGUGGCAAAUGUCCUCCCUCCUAAGAAAAAUGUGAUUUUUACACACUCAACCCCCAAGAUUAAGUGACUUCCUAUGAUGGAUACAUUCGCAUCGCAGCUGCACCUGCAGUCUAAUCAUUUGGGGAUUGCCCAUAAUUAUCUUUCUAAUCCAAUGAAUCUUUGCACAGAGGAGCAAAACCUCUCCAAUGUACUUGCACCUGACGAGAGUGCUGAAAGCCCUCGCUCCUGUACGACUCAGGUGAUGGCGAUCGAUACAGAUUGGACGAGAGACGAAUGCUUGCUUUUUGUUAUUGUGUGCCAACCUUGAGGGUGCCCUUCUUGUUGCUUUCUAUCCAAUCAUUACCCAGCUUUACCCACUCUUUGACCACUUUGUGGACACAGAUAUGACUGCACUUUGACUGAUUCACCCGUGUCAACAGUUUAUUUUUUGGAGAAAAAAAAAAAAGAAAAAAGAUGUUUGUAUGAAAGAAUAUGGAAAUAAAUAUAUAUUUGAACAGUUAAGUUUUUUUCUUUUUUGGGCAAAGGAUUGAAUCUUUAACAUUUUAAGUGAUUUAAGGCACUUCUGGUACAAUGCUAAUAAAUAAUGUCAAACCAUAAAUCUCAGGAAAAGUAGGAGAGGUUUUUAUAUAACCGCAUCCUAAACACCAGUAUUUUGUUUCACUACACAGACUAUUUUGAAAGCGACAACACCAUCACAAUUCCACUUCACACGCGAGAGGAGCCACGGCUCUACCUGUUCAACCAGUAAGAUCCCAGCUUUCUGUCCGUUUAUUGGGGUGGAGAGCGUUGGCUGUCUGACAGUUAAAGCGGUUAAUGCUGCCAGUUUUUAUCUAAAUAUUUUCCUCAGAGAAAAGCAGCUCCCCAAACUACUUACACAUCAGGUUUGUGAGCUUGUGUUAAGUUGUGUUGCAGCCGUGCUGGACAUGUUGCUUUGUUUACACCUCUGCCGACUGAAGAUAAAGUCAUUUCUUGAAAGUUUAGCCGCAGGCUUAUGUUCCUCAACGGUAUUUGGCUUUCUCUCCUUCUGCUGGAAUUACAUUACAUUUUGGUCAAAUGGGCUUAAUUUUAACUCGGCCAAAUCACAUCCCCAUUUAGUUUUUAUACACUGUGUAAAAAAGGAUAAUAUAUAUACCCAAUGUUAUAAACUUCCAGUUUAUAUAACUUGAUAGGAUUCAAAUUGUGAUGAGAAACAGGCCAGGAAUGUAAAUUAUGUAUCAGCUCACAACAGGUAGACGCAAAAUUGAGAUAUCUCUUGACAUUUUAAAUGCCAACGUGUAUGUAGUGGCAAACAAUGAAAGCCGGUGAAACACUUAACAGUACUUUCACAUACAGAGGCUGCAACGGAAAUUACAGCAGGCUCUGAGGUUGUUUUGAACCGUGAGACAUCUUGUUUUUUUUUUUCCUCCCCCCUCUCUGUUUCAGAGGAAGCUGAUGACUCGCUCAUAGCCAGCCAUGAGUUACUCGGCCUGUUUGUUUUCCUCUGGUAAUAUUUGCAUGGAGAUAAUACUGUAGUCAUUUUGCUGCAGGUAAGGUCCCACUGGACCCAAAGCAGGAUCAUCAUCAGCACUAGUACCGAACAGGGAAGCUGCCGGACACAUUAGCAUUUCUUCAAUCCUCUACGGUCUACCCCAGUGAUGAAAUCUAAAUUGUGUGUGUGUGUGUGCGUGUGUGUGUGUAUGGGAGGCAUAUAUAUGAUAAUCAGUCAUAUUUUUUUUUUUCUUUUUAGCAGCAACAGAAUCCGAGCAGCAUUUGUCACAGCACACGAUGUCAAAGCAGCUUCCAGAGUAGAGUGCUGUAAUAGUGAAUAUUAACUCCCAUUUUUCAUCAUGUGAGACAAAGCAUUAUUCAAUUUGGUUCUUUCUCCACAAAUUUGUGUGCUUUCUAUGAUUUCCCGAGCUAUAAAAAAAACUGGUACAUAAUAACUCUCAGCGAAGAAAAAGGCACCAAGCUGUGAGCUGAAUUAAUAAUAAUCGGAGUAUGGUUUUAUUGUGCAGCUUGUCUGUUAGUCUACUCUCAAAGCUGCCCUGUGGAGUUUCCUGUACACAAAGCUCCUGUUUACUUUUAGUGUUGCUCACCAAAAUACAAAGUGUGUGUCUUUGAGGCCUAGCAUAUACGUAUUUUCUUCCUCAUAAAACAUUUGCAGUCAUCUCCUUACGCCGCCUUUGUUGACGCGACGUGAUAACAGCUGUUACUACAUUUACUACAGCUGUUACUACAACUGUUGAGCGGCAGAACAGCGUGAAACCAGCCAAACAAAACAGGGACCCGAUCAUGAAAACUCCACGGGUUAUCUUUUAUUUAGCUUGUCUCUCAUUCAGUCCAGUAGCCCAAGAAAGCUGAGCCAGUGCAUUCCUGAUUAAACUCGAAUGACUCCAGAAAAAGGCCACCAGCGUGAUUCUGCAGCCAAACUCGAUUUAGAUGCGACUUGCGAGAGUGAGAGACAUCUUUUUUACCGCAACACAAGCACGUGUGAAACCAGGGGAAGCUUUGGGUUUGACAUAUUGGCUCAUUCAUAUCAGCCUUUUGGCCAGCGAGUCUGUCAUGUUUCCCGUGGAGGAUUGGAGGAAAGCCCACACCCUUCAGGCACAACUGGCAACAUUACAGAAGUUGGGGACGAGCCAGAGCUCAAAUCAAACCCACCUUGUGUUUACAGAAUGUCAUAAUCUAACAACUUCUUCCCACACGCAAACAUGUCUGAACUUCAGAGGAGUGUGCUUAUGAGGAGAUUCUAUCUGACAGGCCUACAGGAAGUGGGAGUGUGUAUUUUGGACAGGGCUCUAAGCCACUGUGAGAUUGUUAUCCAUGUGGGACAAAAAACACACCGAGCUGAAAGAUGGAUAGUGUGAGGACAUUUGACAAUCUCAGUUGUGCUCGACUAUUUAGAAUAUGAAUCUCACCUGAGGGAUUUUAAUAGAUUCCCAGUUGUAUUUGCUACUCAAACAGCAUCUAUGAGCUGCUAAGGUUUUUGCCAAUAGGAUUCCUCUUUAAGCAGCAAAGCAUAGGAUUUAUGAAUGGCUGUUGGGAGAGAGAGUGCACUUGUAAGAUAAGAUAGGAAAACAGAUUGCCCUUAAAGUUCAAAGUUCAAAGUUUG